AUGAAGAGAUCAAGUGAUUUCAAGUUUUGGGAUGAAAAAAGAUCGGAAGAAUAUUAUCAGAAUAGUAAUGAUUCAGGGCAUGUUGAAGAUGAGUUUACAGAUUGUUCUCCCCCUCUGUGGACUACGGCUUCAAGAAAUAUUAGGUGUCACUGCCAUAACAGUUUUCCAUCACCGGAUUCACAUUUACAGGUUAUUGCAGAUAGCAGAAGGGAACUGAUGGAGAUGAUUAAGGACAUGCCUGAAUCGUCGUACGAACUCUCGUUUGAAGAUAUUCUCGAGGAUCAGCAAAGCAUAGAGGUAGAAAAGAAGAAAAGUGUAACACAGGAAAUGAAUCAGAAGUGUAAAACUCGAGCUGGGAAUUCAGAAAAAUGUAAAAACAUUAGGCAAAGGCAAAUUUCGCGGAGUGAAAGCAUGGAAAGUGGAGUUUUUCUUCUAAAGAUGUUCCUACCGCUGUCUAUUGGUUCCAAGAAAUCCAAGAGAAGAAUUUGUGGAAAAGUUUCUCCUGAAUUAUCAUCCAAGCGAUCAACUAAAUGGGCUAACAAAGACUGGUGGAAGACGAUAUUUUUAGCAGCAAAAGAUAACAAAAACAGACCUAAUAUUCAAAGAUGUUCCAGUGACUUCAGUAGCAACAGAAAUAGGUUGGCGAAAAGCGACUCCAUACCCAGUUGGUGGUCUUUCAGCAGCAAGAGUUGCAUAUCAGGUGGUUGUCUCUUCUGA